AUGGAGAAGAAGCACCAGUACGCCAUGCUUGGUGCCGUAGUUCACAUUGUAAAUGGUGAUUGGGCAUCUCUUGUGUAUGAUUUGACGGAAAUGGAUGUGAUUAGACCUGGGACUAACAUAAGGCGUUUUACCAUGGUAGCAUCCAUAAUUUUAAAGCAUAUGGUUCUUAUUACCAUCUCAUCAGAUAAUCUGACUUGCAUAUGGUUCUUAUUAUCAUCCAUAUGGAUUGAAGCUGCAUAUCCAUAUGUUUUUCAGAAGCUUCUUGUUGACAAUUCUGCUGCUACAAGGAGAAUACCCUUUCAGGUUGUGUUCAACAGAAGAAGAGAAUUUCAAUGGCAAAAUCUUGCUGUUUUCUUGAGAGUUGGAGCAACCAGGAAAGGGCUGAAAUCAUUGGUGAAACAAAACACGCAUACUUCUCUCGUGCAAUCUGCAAAUGGAAUCGCUCCAGAAGCACUGAAAAUUCUACCAUCCAAAAACGGCCUCGUUUUAAGAAGACUCUUGAUGACUGCAGAUGGAGCCUCACUGAUUCGAGCGCUCGUUUCGAAAGAGGCCAUUUCGUUCCUCCAAGAGCUUUGUCAGGUCGUUGCAGAUGUUAUAUACAAAUGGAUAUCUGGAGCAAUGGAGAAAGGUCUCAAUAUCCCCAAAGGUAGCUCUCCAUUCACGCUGGCUGACAGCAAUUCACAUGCAUCCUCUACAAACGACGAAUACAAAUCUCUCUUUACAGAUCGUCGUCUCAGAGUGAUCUUCUCCAAGUCUUAUAAUUCUGCAAGGAAAGAUCCUCUAUUGCUGUUAAGAUUCUACUAUGCUUCAUUAUCGUUGCUCUUCGUGCCAUCGGCUAUGGCUUGUCGAAGAGUGUUGGCAGCCCUCAUCAGAGCUUACUUGAGUCGCACAUCCUAUAACUGGAAGCAAAUCUCUAUGGCCAACUAA